CAGCCUCCUCCUCCGAACCAAAUUAAGUUGGAAAGGCGGUGCCGGACAUGCUAGGUCGGAGGGAGUGGAACCAAGGGUGAAUCGGACGCGCGACCUUAGACAUGCUGUCGCUAUGUAAGUGCCUCUCUCCCACUCUUGGAUCAGGAUGGGAAGGCAAAGCUCUGGCGGUAAUGGCCAAACGACGAUAUGGGUGAGACAUCGUAUAGGAUCACACUCUGUGGGACAAACUGUCUCAAGGACUGGCCCCACUUCCCGCAACUUAUUGCAAGGGCGUAUUUCAGGAAGACAUCCAGCAGUCAUUUCUUGCCUGCCCCGAGCGUUUGCGGCGAUAUAUCAGAGCCCUCUCACAACGCGAUGACUUUUGGAUACGCUACCAGUGCAGGUGCCGCCAAACCGAGCGGAACGGCUCCCAAGGACAAGUUGCAACUGUCGAAAUGUCAUAUGUGCGGGCAAGCGAGGACGUCCUCGCUUCGAUCUACGGCACUGUGUGCCUGCUUCGCAUCCCAGGCUUAGCGUAGUGAGAGGUGCUCCCUAGUUUGAGCUAUGGACUUCACCAUUUCGUGCUCCUGACGUACAUGGGUUAUCUAAUCAGCUCGCCGUCCCCGGUGAACCUCAUCAUCGCUGCAA